UUUAACUUGCAGGAUUGCGGAGCAGAUCUCUUGAACAACUCAGAACCACACAAAAACAUGUAAUUGUAUUUAUGAGUAGGUUUCAGUUUUUAUUUUAUUUACAGUGAACUAAGAUAUUGCUAUAGAGACAACAGCAGCGCAGUGUUUCCCUCGCUGCGACAGGCGUCUGUGCACUUUGUUCACACCUGACGUCCAUGUCUGCAACAAUUACCAGGAAGUUUUUCAUAAAUCACAUGACGCUGAUGUCACGCGGAAUGCGGACCACAAAUGCAUAAUUGUCAGAAAUAACUGACCCGAAAACCAAGUGGCAGAGCUGAGGGACCAUGCAUCGUCUUCUCUGCUGCUGCUGCUGCGUCCCAGGGCAACACUCCGGGGACGACGAGAGGCAGCCUCUCCUGCAGCCCAGCACAUCUGAUCUGAAUGAAGCUGGAUCAGCCAGACAGAUCCCACCAGCAUGCAGUGCUCAGACAGUGAGGCGGAUUGGCAGGCUGGUAGUGAGGCGAGUGGGCGUGCCAGAGUUGGACCAGAGGUUUUCCGACGUGGCCGAGACCUUUAACGAACAGCAGCAGAAUUAUGAGGCCAUGGUCCGACACAUCAGCAGCCUGCGACAGAACUGUGACUGUGCCCACAGUGAUACCCUGGUUUUUGCUGAAUGUGUGGGGAAGAUCAGAGAGGAGCACCACGCCACAUACAAAGUCUCCCUUAAGAUGAACGGCUAUGACUUCUCCCUCAGUGUGGUCCCCAUGGGGUUAGACAGCAAUCGCGAAGAGGAGCCGCUGCCUCCACGUCUGAAGUUGGCUCAGGAUGAGCUGAGGGGCACCUCUGGGAGCGCCAGAGCCACCAUCUCAAGGGGUACCACACUACAAGAGUUGUUCGCCUGGCUUCUCCGCAGCAGGGAUCAAAUGGCAGAGCAAGUGAAGGGGGCGGCACCAUCUUACCAGGAGCAAGGGAGACUGAAUGAGAAUCUGGAGGAGAACAUGAGGGAAGUGAGGAGGGCGAAGGAGUUGUCGGUGGGAUACAGACAACGAGCCGGAGAAGUCCUCACCGAGGCUGCACAGAUUGCAGGGGCUAAUUUGUAGUCUAUGUACAUUUUAAAUGGUUUAAUUGAAUCCACUAAUUAUAUUUUAUGUAUUUUAUAUCUUUACAAAGAUUAUACACACACUGUAACACUCAUGGGUGGAAACACUGCGACACACAGCAAGGUUACUGCUGUAGCUCAGACGAAACCAAACUUUUUCAAUCACAAUCACAGGAACAGUCUGAGAAUAUUUAAAUUGCACAAGGUUUCCAAAUAUCAGUAAUCAGUAUUUCUACCCUGACAACCGCAGCAACAUCAGGAAUGUUAAAAAUGUGACACAAAAAACAUCAAUCAUGUAUUUAAUGGUAGCGACCAUACACUGUAGUUUGCAUGCCUUGGCAGCAUCUUGUUUCAAGGACAUCAAUGCUAUAUAUAUACUGAAAUUGUAUUUAAUAUGGCACUCAAAAUUAAAAUACUAUUCAUCUA